UCACAUCCCCAUACCAUACAUACCAUACCACGUCCUGCCUCUUGUCAUCUUCCCAACCUCCGACCGUGUCGUGUCUGUCCACCCCGGUUCACCCGGCUCACCCUCUCCUGAUCCAGUUCCACAACCUGUUCUCGUCCACGCUGCCCUCCGCAGCCGCGGCACACAACCCCCGGACCCUCCACCACCGCCGUUGGCUACUGGACGGCUGCCACCAUGGGUUUCCUCGGGGUCUACACGGCCAUCUAUGACUACCAGCCUCAGGCGCAAGGAGAAUUAGAACUGCGCGAAGGAGAUCUCCUGUACAUCCUUGAGAAGGGUGAGGAAGAGGACUGGUGGAAGGCCAAGAAGAAGGCUGAGCGCGAGGAUGACGAUGAACCCGAGGGUCUCGUCCCCAACAAUUACGUCGAGGAGGCUCAACCGAUUCACGCAGCGAAAGCGCUCUACGACUACACACGCCAGACGGAUGAGGAGGUAUCCUUUUCCGAAGAUGCAGACUUGAUCGUGUUCGACAUUUCCGAUCCGGACUGGACCCUCGUCGGAGUCAACUCGGAUUACGGAUUCGCCCCCGCAAAUUACAUUGAGAUCGUCGAAGAUGCAGGCGCAGACCAUGCCCCUGCACCGUCAAUCCCGUCUCCUCCCCCCGCCGAACCGGAGCCCGAACCGGCGCCACCCGCCCUCCCGCAGCGACCGACGAUGAUGACGGCGGAAGAAGUCAACGGAACCGGCGCGGCUUCCCCAGUCGAUACUGUGCAGAAUCCUGCCGCUAAGGCCAUCGCAGAUAUCCUUCACAAUCAGCAUGCGUCACCGCCAGAGCCGGAACCGCCUAGGGCCAUCCCCCCGCCGCCUCAGCCGGAGCGUCCAGCGUACGACGAGCCCGAAGAGACCUACCGGGAUGAACCCUCGCCGCCACCCCCGGUAUUACCACAACGUCCUCCGUCCGCACAAGUGUCGUCGCCGGUGCGUGUGGAUUCUCCGCCCGAGCCCUCCAGACCGUCUCGUCCGGCGCUUCGCGAUAGCGACAACCAUGUCAAAGAAUCGCCUCCUUACAUCAGAGUCGUCGGCCAGCUGACCCCACGUUCCCCCUCGGGCUACCAUAUCUAUAAUAUCAAUGAGAUGGUGGAGGUUAUGGGCAAGCGGAAGAAGAUGCCCACGACCUUGGGUAUCAAUGUCGCAACGGGUACCAUCUUCAUUUCGCCGGAGGAGGGUGGCAAGACGGAGGAGUGGAGCGCAGACAAACUCUCUCAUUACUCCAUCGAGGGUAAGCACGUCUUCCUUGAUCUCAUCCGGCCCAGCAAAAGCAUCGACUUCCAUGCGGGCGCCAAAGACACGGCUCGGGAAAUCGUCUCUGCCCUCGGGGAGAUUUCUGGUGCCUAUCGCGCAGAGGGCCUGAAGGAGGUCAUCGCUGCUGGCACCAGCGGAGGACAGAAGAAGGGACAGAUUCUCUAUGAUUUUAUGGCGCAAGGCGAUGACGAGGUGACGGUGGCCGCAGGUGACGACGUUAUCGUCCUGGAUGAUAGCAAGUCCGAAGAGUGGUGGCAGGUGCGGCGCCUGAAGAACGGAAAGGAGGGUGUGGUUCCCAGCAGUUACAUUGAGAUCACUGGAACGGUGUCUACUCCCGUGAUCAGUGCCGAACCAGGUCUCUCGACCGUGGAGAAGAACCGUAUGGAAGAAGCACGGCUAGCCAAGGAAGCUAUGCGCAAGUCGAAGACCGAUUCCGUCGACAGCCCAGAGAAACGCGACAGUAAGAGCAAUCACAAGCCGAAACCGGAUCCGACCAAGACAAGACAUUGGACUGAUCGCACCAAAACAUUCACCGUCGAGGCACAAUUCAUUGGACUGCAGGAUGGCAAGAUUCAUCUGCACAAAGUGAACGGCAUCAAGAUUGCGGUUCCUAUCCCGAAGAUGUCCGUUGAGGAUCUCGAGUACGUCGAGAGAAUCACUGGAGUGUCCCUCGAUGAGGACAAGCCAUUGUCGGACAUCCGACGCCGUUCUCAGCGCAUCGAGCCUGAAAAGCCCCGAUCCUCGCCCGAAAGCAAGCGAGCUGGCACCGGAGCUGGAGCUUCCUUCCAGCAAUCCGACUACGAUUGGUUUGAUUUCUUCCUCAAGGCCGGUGUUGGCCCCCAUCAAUGUGAGCGGUAUGCGCAGAACUUCGUCAAGGACUCUAUGGAUGAGGCUAUUCUCCCGGACAUUACCCCCGAAGUUCUGCGCACACUUGGCCUGAAGGAAGGCGAUAUCUUGCGAGUGAUGCGCUACUUGGACAACAUGUUUGGCCGCACUGGAGGCAAGUCGAAGCUGCGCAACGUGAGCUUCGGCGGGGAGGAAGUCAUCGGCAACGGCGAGGAUGGUGCUGCCGGCCUCUUCUCUGGCCCCGGGGGUGCCCUGCGCAACAAUACCCGCAAGGGCCGGCCGGCGCCCACUGUGCAAGCCAGCGAUGUCGUCGAUCCCAAGGCCUUUGAGCAGAAGGAUGCUUCACAGCCUGAGCGCAGCGAAUCACCGCCCGCCUCCGCCACGCCUGUUGAACCACCGGUUCAAAAGGGCUUUGACGACGAUGCCUGGGAGGUGAAACAGCCUAAGCAGCCUGCUCCUACUGCCGCCGCCGCCGCUCCUGCUGCUGCCCCAUCCACGCCGGCAACGCCAUCAAGCCCACCUCCGGCGGCCUCACCUGCGGCCACUCAACCCGCGGCCCAGCAACCGCUCGCAGGAGCGAUGGCUGAUCUGUCUUUGCUUCAGGCUCCUCUCCAGCCCACGCCUCCUGCGCCUGCUCCUGCCCCGCAAUCCCCACCAGCAGCUUUGCCGCCUCUCCAGCCCCAGCCCACGAUCCAGCCCCAGCCGACCAUCCAACCUCAGCCCACGGCUGUGCCCGUGUCGCCGAUUCAACCACAGCAAACCGGGGCCACACCAGGCUUCUUCUCCCAAUUGGCACAGGCUGCGCAGCCUGUUCAGAACGCCCAAGGAUUCAGUCCUCAGGCAACCGGCUUCCAGCAGGCUGCCAGACAGCGUCCUCAGGCCCCUCCAAACAUGGCGCAAAGCUCGUUGCUCCCUCCGCCGCCUCAACGACCCCUCUCGGCGCCUCAGAAUUUCCCUCAGCAGCAGAGCUCUUUUGGUCCGCCUCCCUUGCAACCCCAGCUGACCGGCAUUCCUCAAGCGGGACCGCAGAUUGCUCCGCCCGGACAGAGUCUGGCCGAAUUGAACCAGCAGCGAUUCCAGCCAGCGCUCCAGCCGCAACCCACCGGCUUCAUGCCUCAGACUCAGUUCCAGAACGGAUUGGUUCCCCAGCCCACUGGCUUCCAGCCGCAGUCCCAGUUUGGGAUCCAGCAGCAGCAAGCUGGCUACCCGGGUCUGAUGCCGCAGCCUACGGGCUUCGGAGGCUUCCAGCCGCAACCGCAGCAGCCGAUGCAGACCGGCAUCAAUUCCGUUCUUCCUCCGGCCCUGCAGCCCCAACCCACGGGCAUGAACGGAAUUGGCAGCAUGCCUUACAGCGCACCGCCAGUGCCGCCCAUCCCGCAACAGCCCACGGCUGCACCAUUGCAGCCCCAGAAGACCGGGCCCGCUCCUCCGAUCCGGUUCGGUGUGAAGCACGAUGCUCCCAAGAAGCUUGCUCCUCAACCGACCGGUCUCCGGGCCAAUCUCGCCCAAGCCACGCCCACCAACCCGUUUGGAUUCUAAUCUGGACAUGUAUAUAUCAGUCUGUGACUUGGCGACACACGAGUUUCCUUUACUAUACAUGGUCGCUUGCUAUUUCUUGCUGGCGGGAAUGGC